AUGGCCGAUUCAUCCACUUCUGGCGCCACUCCUGGUGCUGGCCAGCCCAAGGCUGCCCCACGGCCACCAAAUCCAGUCUUCAAGAUGAUGGGCAUGCCGAACAUCCGCAUGAAACUCCCGUCUCGGAACUGGAUGAUCUUCUUCACAAUCACUGGCUCCUUUGCCGGUGCCGUUAUUUACGACCGCCGUGAAAAACGCCGCUCACAACAAAAAUGGUGUGAACUCGUCUCUCACAUCGCCAAUGAGCCAUUGGGGGUGGAUCAGAUGCGUCGCAAGUUGACUAUUUACCUGGCGGCACCCCCGGGAGAUGGUCUUCGUGUGGCGAGAGACCAUUUCAAAGAAUAUGUGAAGCCAAUCCUGACAGCCGCUGCCCUGGAUUAUACGGUCGUUGAAGGCCGCCGCGAGGGAGAGGUUCGUGCUAGCACCGCAGAGACCAUCCGCAAGUUGAGGCGCAAGGCCGGGGAACACAGCUCGGUGGUUGAGGAGCCGAGCGUCGAGUCUGCAGUUCUGGACAUGCGUGAGCGUAUGGGGAUCAAGGACGAGAGUGGCCCUAAGGGUGAUCUGGUGAUCGGCCGGCACACUUGGAAGGAAUAUGUGCGUGGCUUGCAUGAAGGUUGGCUGGGACCGUUAGAUCCUCCAUCUCAGCCAAUUGUGGAGAAGCCAAUUGUCGAGUCGCUCGAAGAGACUUUAAAAGACACCGCAGGCGGUGAUACACCCUCUGAUGACGGCUCGGCCACCACGGAGCAAAAGCCCGACGAGGGUGAGAAGAAGGAAGAGAAGCGCUCUAAAUUCGCCGGUCCCGCUCCAGCCUAUAUUUCUCCCGCCGCAUACUCCGAAGCUCAUCUUCCAUCGUCACUCCCGCAAACCUUUGAUGGCUCUGCUCCCAUCGAAUUUCCCCACAUCUUGGGCUUCCUGAAUACCCCGAUCCGCUUGUACCGCUACCUUAAUCAACGUCACCUUGCUGAGAAUAUUGGUCGAGACGUCGCAGCGCUGGUUCUCGCCGCUCACACCCGACCUUAUCAGGACUCCAGUCCACUGACCGACGACUCCCUCGCCGAAUACGCACAGGGCACUGCCGAGCAGCAAACUGUUCUCGAGCUGGAAGAGAAGGAAUGGCACAAGUCCGUGCACAAGCCUGAUGAGCACAAUCCCGACAAGGAGCGUGAAUGGCUGGCAAACAUCGUGCUGGAUCAGCGAAUCGCCUCGCGCAUGCAGCGUGCCAUCCUCUCCCUGAAGAUGAAGCGCGCGCUCAGCGCGUAG